AUUCUCUUCCUCUUUUACAACGAAAAAAAGUGUAAAUAACAAAACAGAGCGAUAAAAGAGCUGAAUAAAUCUUAAAACAAAACAGUAUGUUACAAAUUGAAUAAUGGAAAAUAUUGUGCACAAAUUCGCGAAGAUAAGUUUUCAGCCAAAAGAGGUUGUUUUAACAGAGAAUCGCACUGCCCCAUUCCACACCGCCGCGAGCAAAUUCUCCUGGAAUCUGAAACCAAUGGCGGCGGCGGCGGCAACAAAUGCAUCCGAUGCAAUGCUAGACUCGGAAAGUGCUGACACCGAUCAAUCGGACGAGAUAGACUCCCAGCAAAGCCGCGGCGAAGACAACGACGACAGCGAUGCCCACAGCAGCACCAGCAGUUAUCGCAAUGGUCGUCGCGGCGGCGUUGCCGCCCGCCGACGCAUGCCCUCCCGCGCCUCCAAGGACAAUUUCAAUCGGGUAUGCAGCGCCAUAAUGCGCACCGAGGUGAAGAAAAAGCGCAAGGAGCUGCAGACCAACGAGCAGAUGCUGCGCAGCAUCGAGAAAAUCUACACGAGCAAACGUAUGAAAAAGUUUACGCCCGCCAAUCUGGAGACCAUAUUCGAGGAGCCCAGCGAUGAGAAUGCGGCAGAUGUUGAGGAUGACAGCGAGGAGUGCGCCGCCAUCACCAGCCAGGUGCGUUUGGUCAAGUUUGGUGCGCGCAAGAUGCGUCGUGCCAUCUCGUUCAACGAUGGCCUCAACAAGAACAAGAAUCUGAUCAAGAAACGCCGCUUGAAGGUGAAGAAGACAUUUGGCAAGAGAUUUGCACUCAAAAAGAUCUCCAUGACCGAGUUCCAUGAUCGUCUCAACAAGAGUCUCGACAGCGCCAUGUUCGAUGGCGACGAGGAGCCGCCCGCCGGCGGCAGCAUGGAGUUCAAACCGGCCGUCAACACAUUCAUGGAUGACAUGCAGCUGGCGCGGCAUACGCCGGCAUUCGAGUAGCCCACCGAGACUGAAAAACGGUUCGACAAAUAGUGGAGGAGGAGGAGGUGGCUCUGUUGACCACAUGCACUAUGUCCCCCACCCGUUGGCAUUUUUGUCGAAUUGCACUGAUACCAAUUUAGCAAGUCUUACAUAAGAUUUUAAAUUUAAGCUAGUUAUAGGAAGUAACCGUCGAGCGUGAAAAUAAUUUAAUCAUUUGGCGUCGAGUGCCACAAAUCUAAUUUAUGUUCAUGUAGUUCAUUUAAUUUAAGCAAGAAUACGAUUCUGGCAAAGUCUCGUUUAAAUGGAUUAGAAUUGUACCAAAACUGUAAAUGUAUCACAAUUUUAAAUUCCCAAUAUUUGCAACUAGGAACUGCGUAAAUAACUCGCGUAUUUCACUAGCACAAAAGGAAAACAAAUAUAAAUGAAUAAAAACCAUUGAAUAAAAA